AUGUGGCUGUGCAAUCGCGGCCCUGCGGCCGUGUCGCGGCCAUUUAGCGUGGCCCAGACGAUAGCGAGGACUGGGAGCAUCUUCUUGGUGUUGUUUUCCCCAAAAAACUGUUUUACCCUCGUUCCUCCCUCAGUCUCUCAAAUCUGUGCGGUUUCUCGUCUCAGCAAGAAGUACGACCUCGCUACUUUUCGACAACAGUGUCUGCAGCUUCUCAAGAACGAGUUUCCCACCAGCCUUGUAAAGUUCGACGAAAUAUCACCAUCUUGGACCAACCUCUCCGUACCGAAGGGCACCAAAAUAGCUGAAGUGUGUAUUCCAAUCAUCAAUCUGGCUCGCGAACUCGGCCUGUAUUCGAUCCUGCCAGUGCCCAGCGCAUUUUAUCUUCUGAUCCACAGUCGGGAAGGGAUGCAAAAGGAUAAUCUGAUGAAGCUGGAUGACGAACAGGAUCAGCUCGCUUACUUGAAGGCAUAUAUCAAGAUUGUCCGCUAUUACACCAAGACCCCAUCGAAGUGGUUGAACCCCAAAUCUGGAAUAUUAUGGGAUGGGUGUACGACCCAAUUGAAGUGCGGAUCGGAGCGAAAAGAGACCUUGGUGGCGUUGCUGCCGGACUCGGAUAGUGAUUUCGUUGCCUCGAUAUUGGAUACCUGGAACGAAGAGUGGGAGGAGAACAUGUGUAGAAGCUGUGCGGUGAAAGCAAAGGAAGUAUACGAAGCCGCUCGCCAAGACUGUUGGCAGGAGCUCCCAUCCUAUUUUGGCUUGGACAACUGGGAGACCUUGCAAAAGAUGGACUUCGAAUAG